GUGUUUCGUGCUACCAACCCAACAACUUCAACGGGAUCAAAAUCAAAACAUUGCGUUCACGUUCACGUGUUCCGCUCAAGGUUCGGGAAAAUCCUUAUUCUGAGAAAAUGAGCAGUGGUUUGGAAAUCAAACAGCUAUGGAGAGUGAAGAAAACUAUCAUGCAGCUCUGUCAUGAUCGAGGGUACUUGGUUACUCAAGAUGAGCUGGAUGAAACUUUGGAUGAAUUCAAAGAAAUGUACAAGCUUAACCGGUCUGUCGCUGACCAACCCCUACGUAAUAAACUCAGGAUGUUGUUCACCCACUCUACCACUGACGAGAAGCUAUUUGUAUUUUUUUCUGAGGAAAAAGUUCUGAGGAAGCCGAACAUUGUUGGUUACGUUCAGGAGAUGCAGAAGGAGCAAGUUGGGAAAGCAUUACUUAUUGUUCAAGAUACAUUGACUCCAGUUGCUAAAAAGGCUGUUGUAGACUUCAACCCAACGUACAGUUUGGAAGUGUUUCUGGAAAAAGAAUUAUUAGUCAACAUUAUGGAUCAUGAACUUGUUCCAAAGCACAUAGUAUUAUCUCCACAGGAAAAAGAAGACCUUUUUGAAAAAUACAAGUUAAAUGAAAAUUUGCUUAUGCGCAUGCAGGCGUUUGAUCCUGUUGCCAAAUACUACGGGUUGAGGAGAGGACAGGUUGUGAAGAUAAUUCGCAAAUCAGAAACUGCUGGACGCUAUGUGUCGUACAGACUCGUUUGUUGAUACUGCACUGUGAUUCAUAUGUAAAUAAGAUUAUUUAUAAUAAAUUUUUUUAAAAUAGUGUGUAAGCUUGACAGAAAA